GGGCCUGAGCCCGCCUGACCCUGCCCGUGUCUCCCUCCCAGCUGGGUCCCGUGUACACAGAAGGCGGGUUCGUGGAAGGCGUCAACAAGAAGCUCGGCCUCCUGGGCGACUCUGUGGACAUCUUCAAGGGCAUCCCCUUCGCGGCUCCCACCAAGGCUCUGGAAAACCCCCAGCCACACCCUGGCUGGCAAGGGACCCUGAAGGCCAAGGAUUUCAAGAAGAGAUGCCUGCAGGCCACCAUUACCCAGGAUGACUCCUACGGGGAUGAAGACUGCCUGUACCUCAACAUCUGGGUGCCCCAGGGCCGGAAGCAAGUCUCCCGGGACCUGCCUGUGAUGGUCUGGAUCUAUGGAGGCGCCUUCCUCAUGGGGGCCGGCCACGGGGCCAACUUCCUCAAGACCUACCUGUACGACGGCGAGGAGAUCGCCACUCGUGGCAAUGUCAUCGUGGUCACCUUCAACUACCGCGUCGGCCCCCUUGGCUUCCUCAGCACUGGGGACGCCAACCUGCCAGGUAACUAUGGCCUUCGGGAUCAGCACAUGGCCAUUGCUUGGGUGAAGAGGAAUAUUGCGGCCUUUGGGGGGGACCCCAACAACAUCACCAUCUUUGGGGAAUCGGCUGGAGGUGCCAGCGUCUCUCUGCAGGUCUGGGGACCCCUGGAGGGGAGGGCCCGCCCCAAAGUUUGCCAGGAAGCUCGGACAGGAG